UAGCGCUAUUGCAUAGGCUAAAAGUUACGGGCAGCAACAUUAUCGGCUAUACAUAUUUAUGAACAUUAUCUUAUCAGUCGGAUGUCCUCAGCGCAGUAAAACCAAUUUCAGAUUUCGAAUAGGUAUUCGCCAAUCGCCAGUGGAUAACUGGAUACAAAAUAAAUGUCCAGUUGUUUAUUUUUUUACUGUAACAGCUAUAUUUUUUAGUGACUAGAACUUGGAAUUAUGGAUUGUGACAGUGUAGAUUCAAUUGACUCAACACCGCAUAGCGCCCCGGGCAUGGCCCCGAGUGACAGAAAUUACGACGUGGGUAAAGAGUUGCUCUACUACGAUGCAUCAGGAACUAAACACUUGUAUAUAUUCAACCACAAAGAAUAUGAGAAAACCAAAUAUUUUGGGUACUCCCCCCCUCCCUCUCGCAACGGGACGGAGGAAGACGUCCGACGGCUGUCCAGCGUGUUCCAGAAGUUGAACUACGAGACCCACGUCAACAACGACCUCAAAUACGACGAAAUAAUGGACACCAUGAGUAACAUAAGCAAGGAAGACCACACGAGCACCUCAUACCUGUGCUUCGCGGUGCUGACACAUGGUGGCCAGGGUGGAGAGCUGCACGCGGCCGACAGACGCUACCAGCUGCAGGACCUCAUGUCGCUCCUGGCCACCGGACACCCCAGCUUGCUCGGCAAACCCAAGAUCUUCUUCAUCCAGGCGUGCAGAGGUAAACACCACGACUCAGGGCGGCGGUUGGCGCUGGACGGUACAGCGGCCGUCACCAUAUCCAGUUUCGCCGAUUUCUUAGUACUCACCUCCAGUGUAGAAGAUUACGUAUCGUACAGAAGCAUCAACGGCUCCUUCAUGAUCCAGGAGUUGUGCGACGUGGUGGAGCAGCACCACCAGACACUGGACAUCCUCCAGCUCACCACCCUGGUCCACAGGAACGUCUGCUACGAGCGGGCUGCCUACGCCCCGAGAAACCGUACGAUGCACGGCGGGAAGCAGAUGCCCGAGACCAGACACACGCUCACCAAGAUACUCAUGUUGUGAAUUAUGAUUACAUAUAUUAAAAUAUAUAUAAUAAUAUACA